UGUCGCAUCUCACAUUUCCUUAAUAAUCAUACAUAUCAUCAAAAAAUCCAUAACUUUAAUUGAUUAUUAAUAAUCAUGCCAGACAGUGUUCUACCUUUAUCGAGCUGGAAAUGGCAAGAGAAAGGUCUCGUAGCCCCUGAUGAGAGUGUAGAUGAGGGUGUGGACUUUGGCAACCCGCUAGAGCUCACCAGUUGGAUUGUCAAUCAGCUUCGAGUCUCUUCCUUCAAUGAUGUUCGUACUAUAAUAGAGAAGCAUAAGACCAUCACCCGCUUGGUUCAACUCAAACAACUUCGAGAGAAGGGUGCAGUCACCCAACCGAAACUUCAUCUUGACCGGCAGCAAAAAAUGUCGGCUUUAGCAGCAUAUAUGACGAUUGAUAAAGUUAAUUCGGGCCCGUGUCAGCAAUGUUUACAUAGAAAGUCGCGUGGUCCAUGCACUGAAUGUGUUGCCGGUAGCAAUAACUUGUUUAAUGGAGCUUGCACAAACUGCCAGUUUUCGAGUACCGCUGCAGGAUGUUCAUUCUAUCAAGGCAAACGCCGGAAAGAUAAGAAGCGAAGCCAUUCGACGUCCGACGACGACCGCAGUACCGGAAGAUUCUAUCUGACCCCCGAGGUACUAGAGGAUCUGACAACUCGCGAGCUUGAACGUUGGAAAAAUAUGAUUGAAGACGAACUAGAUCUACGCAACCCGUCUUCGGCCAGGAAGCGACCACGCUCUUAGCCUUUGGGGCUCGCGACUAUCGAUCAACUCAGUCGUUGAUGUUGAAUACAUUACAGAAAAGCGCAUUUCUUUAAAAGGUUAGGACAUAAAACUGGAUGUCUAUACUUGGAUAUGCCCCGUACAACUUUUACGAUUCAUAGGCGAAGAGUCAUAUUAGGGGGCUAUUCCAAGACGCCAUGAUCUAAGAAAGCUAUUAACAAGAUACCUACUAAGUAGAGCGCGGUCGCGUAUGGAAUUAGUUAAAUUUAAAGCAUAAGUUACCUAUAUACCCGUUUCGCACGCGCCGGAUAGAGAGAGAGAAGACACGGCUCUUAUACAGG